AUGCUUUUCCACCGCGGCGUGCCACAAGGAACAGUCCUCGGACCACCUGCGUUCAUUAUAGUAAUGAACACACUAAGCAAACGAUUAUUCCAAGUUCCCUUAUUAUUUCAUGGUUUUUUCGCCGAUGAUCUCACGCUAGCAGUACGACACAUCAGCAGAGACAUCAUCAACAGUACACUGCAACAAGGACUAAACGUAGUGGAUGAAUGGUCCAGAAAAUAUUUUAUGGACAUUAAUGUGGACAAGACAAAAUACACCCUUUUGGAUAAUCAGACCCGAAUCCCCUUUCUUCGAACUACGCGGUAUCACCGUAGGUACGAAGAAGGCACCUAA